AAUUUCCAUAUCUUCAAAUAAAUAUUUUACAUUUAUUUUAUUUUAUUUUCUCCCAUUUUCCCCAGAAUAUGACGACUUUGGAGCUCCGAGUCCAUAUGGAUUGCCCCGGUUGCGAAAGCAAAGUCCGGAGCUCGCUCCAAAAAUUAAAAGGUGUCGACAACGUUGAAAUCGACAUGUCGUUACAGAAAGUGACGGUAACCGGGUGGGCGGAGCAAAAGAAGGUUCUGAAAGCGGUUCGGAAAACCGGUCGUCGAGCGGAGCUGUGGCAGUUACCGUACAACCCGGAGCACGGUAACGAGAGUGAUCCGUACCCACAGCACCAUUUAAAUGGGCCCGUCCCAAAUUUCUAUGGGCCCCAGCCCACAUCGACUUACAACUAUUACAAACAUGGGUACGAUAAUCAUGACCAGGCCCAUCACCAAAACUUCUCCACACAUUCCAACAUCUUCGGCCGCCAGACUGGCUCCGUGUUUAGUGACGACAAUGUCAAUAAUUGCUCUAUUAUGUAAUCAUUACUCUCUUAAUCUUCUGCUUAAGGAUCUAAAAAUGACUCUUUGUUUGACAAUAAUAAUAAUAUUGUACA